UUAAGGAGAAUUACAAACUUAAACACUUUUUUUUAAUGGUGAAACACCCCAUAUUAAGUCUAAAUAAUUGCGGUUUUCUGUCCAGAGUGUACCCUUUGCCCCGAUGACAGCUGGCACAGGCUGACCUCCACGACCCUCUCGAGGACAAGCGGUAAUAGAAGACAGACGGAGAAUUCCAGUUUUCAGGAAUAUUAUUUGAGGGGUUUCCUGCUAUUUUUUACUCUGACUCAGUUUGCUCCAGCUGCGGGCGGAAGAUAAACGGUAUCCCGUAAAGACGUGACGAAAAUCGGCUCUGGGUUGUUUUUACCUCCCCCGAGUCCCCAAUUUUCGCCCUGAUUGAAGCCAGAUGCAGCCUCGUCUCGUCUCGGCGUGGCGCGUACGCGUUGCCCUGCCCAAAAGAUGUAGCUUGAGCGGAAAGCACGUGGAGCGGCCGUAGGAGGGCGAUCUCACUGGCGCGUAAUUACGCACGGCAGAGCGGUGACGCUCACUUGGGAUUCCACACUAACGCUGUUUGAAACCAUGCAAGUUUGUGUGUGUGUAAAUGUCUUUGUUUGGGGCGUGGCUUCUCCGUGAAGCUGAGUUUCCCCUCCGCCCCCCUAUUUUUUUCACGCGUUUCUCCCUCCACUUCAAACCGCUGUCGGGGAGAAGUUGUGUGACACCGCCUGCGAUACAGGUCCACAGAUGCCGCUCGGGCGCCCGAAUUUCGAGCAGUCGCUACUGAUGUGACACCCAGAGACCAUGUACGGGUUCAUUAAGAUGGCUGAGUCUGCAGCUCACACUUGUGGAAUAUUCUUGGAUUACAGCAGAAAGACUUGUUUAAUCCUCUGGGACUAGAAACAUCGUUGCGGGUGACCGUCUUCUCCCUGAACAGCCUGCAGCUCCUGGUCCUCUCACCACACUUUGCUGAGAUGAAUUCGUUCUACAUCGUGAUUGAAGUAAUAAUUGCUGUUCUCUCCAUAUCCGGCAACGUCCUGGUGUGCUGGGCCGUCGCGAUCAACACCACCCUGAAGAACGCCACCAACUAUUUUCUGGUGUCCCUGGCUGUGGCUGAUAUCCUGGUGGGUUGUCUCGCCAUACCCUUCGCCAUAACCAUCAGCAUCGGCAUACAUCUGGACUUUUACGGAUGCCUCUUCCUCGCCUGUUUUGUCCUGGUACUCACUCAGAGCUCCAUCUUUAGUCUACUUGCUAUUGCCAUUGACAGAUAUCUGGCCGUCAAAAUUCCCCUGAGGUACAAGGAGUUGAUGACGGGAAAGACUGCCCGAGAGAUCAUCGCUAUUUUAUGGAUCCUCUCCUUUGUCAUCGGCCUCAUCCCCUUCUUCGGAUGGAACUUGAAGAGUUCGAGCUGUGCGAACGCCACCUCCGGAGCAGACAACACCACGAACACUCCCCUCAAGGAGGGGCCGAGGGGCAAGGGAGGCUUACUGCAGAGCUGCAAGCUGAAGUGCUUCUUUGAAAGCGUGGUGGACAUGCAUUACAUGGUCUACUUCAAUUUCUUCGUGUGCGUGCUGCUGCCGCUGCUCAUCAUGCUGGGCAUCUACCUGAAGAUCUUCACCGUGGCCAGGAAGCAGCUGAGACAGAUCGAGCUCAAGUGCGUAGGCAACGGGGAGAGCCAACACCACGGGCUGCUGCAGAAGGAGAUCCGGGCCGCCAAGUCGCUGUCCAUCAUCGUGGGACUGUUUGCCCUCUGCUGGUUGCCCGUGCACAUCCUCAACUGCCUCACGCUGUUUUACAAGGAUCUGAGGAAGCCCGAAGUCAUCAUGUACGUGGCCAUCAUUCUCUCCCACGCCAACUCCGCGGUCAACCCCAUCAUCUACGCCUAUCGCAUCCAGGACUUCAGGAACACCUUCCGAAAGAUCUUGGCCCAGAACUUCCUGUGCCGCAAGGAGGAGCUGUACCUCAGCUCCAACGGCAGCAGGCGCAACAGAGACCAGAUCCACAUGACCAUCGACCCUCUGCUAUAGAGGGCCGUGCAGAGAAGGAGUGUUAUUUGUGUCAACCCUGUCGUUUCAGUCUUGAAUUUUCUUUUCACUGCGAUUUCUAAUGUUUACAGAACAAGGGUAUGAUAUGAUAUAUGUGAAGAUGAACCCAUGACGGACGCGUCUCGACUGUGGACAAUUAUUUAUGAACUGUGCCGAGUAUCAGGGGACAAGCAGUGAAAUGUUCAAUAGUCUUACGUAACUUUUGUAUUGUGAAGGAUUCUCGAUUUUCGAUGGAAAAAAAAAAAAAAAAAAAAAAAAAAACACGUUGAAGCUAACUGGAUUUGUGGGACUGUGAACAGGAUCCAAA